AUGAGCAUCGCUAUCUCGUGGCCAUGGAUCAUCGUCGAUCCCAAAGAGCAGGUUGACAAGGACUGCAUGCACAUUUUUGAAAAAAUGACGGAUACUCAGGGCAUGCAUAACGGCUACGGCUUCAUGCGCUUCGACGUCGCUCAAACGGCAGAACUAUUGCAUCGACUGGUCUACACCGUAGUCCCGUCCGACUCAGCCAAAAUUCCCAAAUCCCAUCGCGUAGGCGCAAAGGUAGCGCGGCGCCUUAUACAUGCGGAACAAGAUCGCCAGGUCCUCAAGGACGCGGUGAAAUCCGAGUUCACGACCGUCUUCGUCGGGGGGCUCGAUCCUAACGUGACCAGAGAUGAGUUGAGGGCGAGCUUUAAACAAUACGGCAGAAUCACCUCCAUCAACAUCCCACGAGACCCCGAGAGCGGAAGCGGCAAAGGCUUUGGGUUUGUAAAAUUCCUUGAGCACGCAGACGCUCUCGAGGCGGUCAAGGGAGCGAAUGGAACAGUGUUGAAAGGUCAGUUGUUGAAGGUGUCUCCUUCGCAGAAGAAAGAGGACCGCCAGGCGUCCCUAGCAGUGGGAUACACACAGGCUAGAGAGGAUAUCCGCAAGAAAGACACAAAGCAGGCGAAACGUCUGGCUUAA